AUGAGAGGUUGGAAGUCAGCGUUCGCGUUCAAGUUGCGAAAACCUUUUUCGUCUGAAGCGACUACACGAAGUUAUACCCCUCACUGCACCGCCUCUUCCGCCGCCUCCGCCUCCGCCUCCGCCUCCGCCGCAGCCAAUCGCGCUGCCUCCUUCUCCGCCGCCGCCUCUCGCGCCGCUACUAGCGCUUACGCCGUAUUCUGUCCCUCGGCCCCCGUUGCGCCUGUGGAAGACUCCCCCUCCGCCGCAUCUGCCGCUUCCUCUGCCUUCCCUGCUUCCUCUGCUAACUCCGCCGGUGCAACCCAAUCCGCUCCUUCCACGUCACCCGCCGUCUCCGCGUGUUCCUCGUUAAAUAGAAGUGCUUUCUACUUCUCCUCCUGCGCUCCUUCUUCUGUCGCCGAUCCUCUCGCCGAUUGUCGCGCGACAUUCUCCUCGUCGUCGUGGAGGCGCUCCAUGUCGAUAGCGAUCCCCGCAUGCGACGGCGACGACGAGGUGCAUGCGGUGGGGGAGGACGAGGGGGGAGAGGCGGAGGAAGAGGCGGGAGAAAUGGCGGAGUCGGAUGGCCGUAGUGGCGGCGCUCAGGAUUCUGCGGUGGACAUCGAUUCGCUCAGCAGAAUGGUGCCUGAGUUGUCUUGGGGGCAGCUUUCUGAGCUUGCAGCAGGCAAGGAGAAAAUGGACUGGCCUGUGGUGAGCGGGGGUGUGGUGAAAGGGGGUGCGGUGGAAGGGGGUGCGGUGCAGGAGUGUGCAGUGGAGUGGUGUGCGAUGGAGGAAGAUGCAUGGGAUGAGCCAGAGAGCCCUGCAAUGGUCCCUGCUUGCUCCUUGUGUGGGCCUGCACAGAGGGACAAGGACGAGAGGUCAGCAGAUUUCAAGCUGUGCUUGAAUGCACCGAGGGGAGGAGGCAGGGUUCGGUUGGACAGGAUGGGGAGUGGUGGUGGUGAUGGCAGUGGUGGUGGUGGGACAGCCACUGUGGUUUGGUAUGUCCCGCGAUUUGGCAGGCAUAGGCAGCAGAGGUCGAUAGUAAGGGAAGUGGCACGAGAAGCCGUGCGAGACAUUGUGUGUGGGGGAGCAAGGUGA